AACGAGGGGGAGUCGUGGCAUCAGCCGUAAAUAUGGAUGCCGAUAAUGGCGUUUGGAGAGCGGAGAGCCGGCCCGCCGGUUCAUGCGGUGACGGGCCCCAUCCCGGUUCGGUGAACCGGUGCCGGCUCGACUCGGUUACUUCCGUGGCCUAUAAAGGAAGGAUUUGGCGAGUUUCGGGAGAGGGCGGAUUCGAGUGAAAGCCGAAAUCUUCGCGCCCUCUCUGUCUCGCUUUGUUGAUACAAAGACGAGAAGAGCGGACGGCGGAGAAUGAGGGGCGACCGAGGAUCGACGGCGGAGGAGGCGGUUCCAUGGUGGGAGAAGGAAGUCGCAGAAGCGGCGGCGGCGGCGACGGGGGAUGACGAGGAAGGGUGGAAGUGCCGGAAACAGCACGUGCAGCCCCUUUACGGAGUCUGCCCCUCCUGCCUCCGCGAUCGUCUCCUCCGUCUCUGCCCGGACUGCGCCAACGUCCGCCCUUGCGGUUGUUUCCCCUCCUACUCCUCGUCGUCCUCCUCGUCGUCCCUUUCCUCCGCCGAUCUCGCCAGAUCCGGAGGAGUAGGAGGAGGCGGAGAAGAGCGUGGGGGCGUUGGGAUCGGAGUGGUGGGUCCAGUAUCGCGGCUGAUGGAUAGCGAACCGGCCUUCCGGCGGUCCCGAUCGGUGGGGUUCCAGCUGCUCAGGACGAGAUCGGUGGCUUCCACCGCUUCCGAAGUCGGCAACGUCGCGCAACCGUCUCCUCCGUCUGGAGGCGGCAAAGGGUGGGCUACGUUCUGGCCGUUCUCGUGGGCCCUGGGAAGGAGGGCAUCCGCGGAGACGGCGGGGGCGAAGCUGUACAGGUCGAGGUCGGUGGCCGCGGGGCGCUCGCCGGAUGCGAGUGGCGGCCGCAAGGUGGGGAGGGGGAAGGGGUCUCGGAGGUGGCACUUCCCGAGCCCGAUGAAGGUAUUCCGACGCCAGAAGUCGACGAUGAGGGUAGUUCAAGAGCGGUCACCGUUGUGGCGGGGGUGAGAAUGACCACCCUCGACUUAGAGAAAAGAGGUGCGUAUAAGGAGAUUCCUUUUAGCCUCUUGAUAAUUGUCGGCUAAUCAUUAUUACUAUUGUCACCGCCGUCUCAUAUUUUUGCGUUUUGUAAAUAUAAUCAAUUAAUUAGCACGGAUAAAUGAGAUAAUAAUCAGGUCCGUGGGAUGUCCAUCAGACGGUUAUCAACCGCACUGAGGAGGGGGAUCGGGAUAGUGUAAAUAGUUUGGGUUUCUUAGGGGAAAGUGCCAACGGAGGCCCUUCUUUAGGGAUCGCACGUGCAGGAUGCGUCCGUUGGUGCACGUGACGACGUCGUCGCCUCUCACGUUCGUCCCAUCGAACGAGGCGCGACGAUUGGGCUGUGGUCGUUGGCAACCACGAUGGCGACAACUGACACGGUCCUGCCACGUCGAGAACCGCCAUUGCUGCCAUGCUCUGCUUCCGGUCUGUGCCAAACAGGGAGCGUCUCCGCAGGCACGAAGUUUCAAACGGCCCGAGCUCGGGAAGGGCGCUGAGAAUUAUUGUUAACGACGGAAUGAAAAGAGAGGAGAGGGGUCUCGUUUAUUCUUUCAUUUGGAGAUGGAAAUAUUGCUACCGAACCAUCGGUAAAAGUAGGUCAUGUUGUCUAUUUUCCGUGGAAUGUUGCUUAUGGAUUUCCGUGUUCGACAGUAACUAAUGUAAAUUUCCAGUUGUUCAAACCA